AUGAAGAUCACAUUCAAGGACCUCAAGCAGAACAAGUUCGUCAUCGAGGCCGAGCCUUCGGAAACGAUUGGCGCCCUCAAGUCCAAGAUCCAGGCAGAGAAAGGCUGGGAAGUUCCCCAGCAGAAGCUCAUCUACUCUGGCAAGAUCCUGCAAGAUGCCAACACGGUCGAGUCGUAUAACAUUGAGGAGAAGGGCUUCAUCGUCUGCAUGGUCUCUAAGCCAAAGGCCGCUGCAUCGACAAGUAGAGCAGCGCCUUCCACACCUGCCCCAGCAGCAGCAGCCCAGACGCCUGUAGCUCCGGCCGCACCAGCGCCUUCAUCCAGCACACAGAACGCCCCUGCUACACCAUCGCCAGCACCGGCCCAGGCGUCCGGCGAACGCUUCAAUGACCCCUCGGCUCUGACUAUGGGUGGAGAGCGCGAGGCCGCCAUUGCAAACAUGGAAAGCAUGGGUUUCGCAAGGGCUGACAUCGACCGGGCCAUGCGCGCUGCCUUCUUCAACCCCGACCGCGCGGUUGAGUAUCUUCUGACGGGUAUUCCCGAGAGUGCGCUCCAGGAGCAGGCACAACAAGCACAAGCUCGUGCCCCAACCUCGCCCACCCCCCUUCAAGGCAACACAGAUGCGCCCGCACCCACCGGGAACGCACCUUCCGGAGGUGAUGAGCCGAUGAACCUGUUCGAAGCCGCUGCCCAGGCCGCCCAAAAUCGCGGAGGUGCUGGCGGUGCUCGCUCAGGUGGUACUGGAGGCGGUGCUGCGGCCGGUGCGCUCAACGCCAACUCUCUCGACUUCUUGCGCAACAAUCCGCAGUUCCAGCAGUUACGACAGGUUGUACAACAGCAGCCACAAAUGCUUGAGCCUAUUCUACAGCAGGUUGGCGCAGGUAACCCUCAGUUGGCGUCGAUGAUCGCAAACAACCCCGAGCAGUUCCUGCAGCUCCUCGCAGAGGACGCAGACGAAGAUGCGCCACUGCCGCCCGGUGCCCAGGCCAUCUCUGUGACCGAGGAGGAACGCGAGGCUAUUGAGCGCUUGUGUCGCCUUGGCUUCGAGCGGGAUCUCGUUAUCCAGGCCUAUUUUGCAUGCGACAAGAAUGAGGAGCUGGCCGCAAACUUCCUCUUCGACCAGCCCGACGAUGCGGACGAUCAGUAG